CGGGGCGAGCCCAGGCUGCUGCGGCUUCCAGGGGGCGGGGCGAAAGUCACCCGGGCUCUUCUUGCUGCAGCUGGCGCGCGGGGCUGCCCCAGGCGGGUGAAGGGCAGAGGGAGCGCGAAGGGCGUCGCAGCCUGGCUUCUGCUGACACCAUGAGCUCUCGCACCGUGCACUCCUUCCGGGAGAUCAUGCAAAGCUUGCUGAGCUCCCCCAACUUUGAUCGGGUCUUAAGUAAGAUGACAGUUCUUUCUGCAACUCCUGGAAAGGUUGUUUGUGAAAUGAAAGUCGAGGAGGAGCACACCAACAGAGCUGGCACUUUACAUGGAGGUUUGACUGCCACAUUAGUGGAUGUUGUGUCAACAGCAGCACUGUUAUACACAGAAAGAGGAAUGCCUGGCGUCAGUGUGGAUAUGAACAUUACAUACAUGUCUGCUGCUAAGCUUGGAGAAGAGAUAUUGAUCACUGCUCAGAUUUUGAAGCAAGGAAGAAAUCUUGCCUUUGCCAAUGUGGAUGUAACAAACAAGGGAACAGGAAAGCUUCUAGCACAAGGCAGACAUACAAAAUACCUUGGACAUUAAUAUAAGAAAUUCUAUCUGAAAAGGAAAGCGUGCUUAAGAAGCUAGCAGUUUUUUCUCUUUUUUUGUAAUGUAAACUUUAUCAAAAAUGAAUUGAUCUCAGUCCCAUGCCUAGUGCACAAGUUGUAUAUGGCACUAAUUCUGAGCCUGUUGCAGUCCUGGUAGAGACACCAAGAACUGAAGAGACAUGGAUAUCCAUCUACUUUUUCUGUGUAUGAAGAUAAGGUCAGGGUUCAGGAUCACUGGUGGAACUGUGUGGGGAACCUUGUUUUUCUGCUCUCUAGUCUGUGCCUCAUGAAAAUAAGUUUCCAGUCUCCAGGGUUGUCAGUUUAUAACUUUUCAAAAAUUAAAGCAGUUAUCAAACUGUAUUUUUUUUUGUCCUAUGCUGUAAAGUGGUAUUAAAGUAACCGGUGUUAUAAAUGCAA